AUGGCUGGUUACGAGUACGUGAGCGCGGAGCAGCUGGCUGGCUUUGACAAGUACAAGUACAGUGCUGUCGAUACCAACCCACUCUCUCUGUAUGUCAUGCAUCCAUUUUGGAACACUAUAGUAAAGGUAUUUCCUACUUGGCUGGCUCCAAAUCUGAUAACUUUUUCUGGCUUUCUGCUGGUUGUAUUCAAUUUCCUACUUCUGUCAUACUUUGAUCCUGACUUUUAUGCUUCAGCACCAGGUCACAAACACGUUCCUGGCUGGGUUUGGAUUGUGGUGGGCAUCCUCAACUUCGUUGCCUAUACUCUAGAUGGUGUGGAUGGAAAGCAGGCCCGCAGAACCAACUCCAGCACCCCGUUAGGGGAGCUCUUUGACCAUGGCCUGGAUAGCUGGUCAUGUGUUUACUUUGUCGUCACCGUGUAUUCCAUCUUUGGACGAGGACCUUCCGGUGUCAGUGUUUUUGUUCUUUACCUGCUGCUCUGGGUGGUUUUGUUUUCUUUCAUCCUGUCCCACUGGGAAAAGUAUAACACCGGAGUUCUUUUCCUGCCGUGGGGAUACGACAUUAGCCAGGUGACUAUUUCUUUUGUCUACAUAGUGACUGCGAUUGUGGGAGUUGAGGCCUGGUAUGAACCUUUCCUGUUUAAUUUCUUAUAUAGAGACCUAUUCACUACAAUGAUUAUUGGUUGUGCAUUAUGUGUGACACUUCCAAUGAGUUUAUUAAACUUCUACAAAAGCUAUAAAAGUAACAGCUUGAAACACAAUUCAAUCUAUGAAGCUCUGGUCCCCUUCUUUUCUCCAUGUUUGCUAUUCAUUUUGUCUACAGCCUGGAUCCUCCAGUCACCUUCUGAUAUUUUAGAGAUGCAUCCUAGAGUAUUCUACUUUAUGGUUGGAACAGCCUUUGCCAAUAUCACAUGUCAGCUGAUUGUUUGUCAAAUGAGCAAUACCAGAUGUCCAACUUUGAAUUGGUUGCUGAUUCCUCUCUUCUUGGUUGUCAUGGUGGUAAACUUAGGAGUCUCCUCUUACAUUGAGAGUAUUCUCCUCUAUACAAUAACAGCGGCUUUCACUCUGGCCCACAUCCAUUAUGGAGUACGAGUGGUAAAGCAACUGAGCAACCAUUUUCAGAUUUAUCCGUUCUCAUUAAGAAAACCCAACUCAGAUUGA